CUGGAACUGGAACUGGAACUGGAACUGUCCUACCACUCACCACUCACCACUCACCACUCAACUGUAGGUACCGUACGUACAGUCCAGUCUGUCUUAACCCUCCAUGCCUUUGACCACUUUUUACCCACUUCUCCUCACCGUCUCUCCCAGGGUAAACUCACCGUCCCUGCUCUUGACUCCUCCUCCUCCUCCUCCUCCUCCUCCUCCUCGUCGUUGCCCCUCUUCCCCGGCUACCAAUAAUUGCCCGUCUGCCACCUCAUCAACAUGUGUUUUCCCGAUGGCCACGCCUCGUAUUGGACAUGUUGAGGAGAAAGGAAGAAAGAAUGACGUGAAUUGUACAGUCAUUCAGCGUGUUCCUGAAUGCCGACUGAUCGACUGAUUGGCGGGCCCUCGAUUGGCGCCGGUGUCUCAGCC